AUGGAGGAUCUCUCAGUCCUCCUCUUCAGGGUAGAGGAGGAAAUGAGAGGAGUGGCAUAUGUAUCCAGCACACUACCCACGGAAGAAAUAAAUAAAACUGCAAAGAUACAAUUCUUCUUUCGUACAUUCUCAGCUGAUCCUAAGGUACAAGUAGGGAUUUUUGUGGCCUUCCUGACGAUGUACCUGAUCAGCCUCAGUGGAAACACCACAAUUGCAGUCAUUGUCCAGAUCAACCACUCCCUCCACAUCCCCAUGUACUUUUUCCUGGCGAACCUGGCAGUUCUGGAAAUCUUCUAUACAUCUUCCAUUGCCCCACUGGCCUUGGCGAACCUUCUUUCAAUGGGCAGGACUCCUGUUUCCAUCCCUGGCUGUGGGACCCAAAUGUUUUUCUUUGUCUUCCUGGGUGGAGCUGAUUGUGUCCUGCUUGCGGUCAUGGCUUAUGACCGGUUUGUAGCAAUCUGCUACCCUCUACGAUACACCCACGUCAUGAGCUGGCCCUUGUGUGUGGAGCUGGUGGUAGGGUCCCUGGUGCUGGGGUUCCUGCUGUCGCUGCCACUGACUAUUUUGAUCUUCCGUCUCCCAUUCUGCAACAACAAUGAGAUCUACCACUUCUACUGUGACAUGCCUGCUGUCAUGCGCCUGGCCUGUGCGGACACACACAUUCACAAGACUGCCCUGUACAUCGUCAGCUUCAUCAUCCUAAGCGUCCCACUCUCAUUAAUCUCCAUCUCCUACGUCUUCAUCGUGGCAGCCAUUUUACGGAUCCGGUCAACAGAAGGGCGCCACCGAGCCUUCUCCACCUGCUCCUCGCACAUCUUAGUGGUCCUCCUGCAGUAUGGCUGCACCAGCUUUAUAUACUUGUCUCCCAGUUCCAGCUACUCUCCUGAGAUGGGCCGGGUGGUGUCCGUGGUCUACACCUUCAUCACUCCCAUUUUAAACCCUUUGAUCUACAGUAUGCGGAACAAGGAACUGAAAGAUGCCCUACAGAAGGCGCUGAGGAAGUUCUAG